AUGAUCAUACGGAGCGCCAGUCCCUCCCUGAACGCUUUCCUGUAUUACGCUGUCCGAUCUGCAGCACGCUCGACACUUCGGCGACCAACCAGACGACUUCCCAGCAACUGCUCGCGUGCAGCAUCGAUACAACAGACAUCGCUUUUCUCCACUAGUAGAAUAGCAAUGGCAGCUCUUCAGCGAUCGGCCUUGUUUGAGGCGAUACAGAAGCAUGACGUCGAGAGUACGGCUGUAGUACACUCGUUAUCUGGACGAUCGUUCAAGUAUGGAAGCUUGCUACAUGAUGUGGCUGCUGCGAAGGAUAGACUGUUGAAAGAGACGGGCAAGUCGGAGCAGAAUAUCGUUGGAGAGCGGAUAGCGUUCUUGAUUGAGAAUAGCUAUGACUAUGUAGUGACCCUACUCGCAUGUCUUGCAUCGAACGCCAUAGCUGUACCUCUGGCACCCUGCUUUCCAGCUUCCGAGCUACGAUACAAUGUCAAUCAGAGUGCCGCAUUGGCAUUGCUACAUUCCGCCAAGUACGCAACGCUGGCAGCGGAAGUGCUCAAGGAGGAUAUCGAGCAGCAUACGAAGCUAGUAGCACUCAACAAGAUCGAGCAGGGAGCUCAACCAGAGAAAGACAUCGAAUUCGUCGGAGAGUCACACCUAGCAGAAGGUGGCAUGAUGCUCUACACAUCUGGCACAACAGCACGACCAAAAGGUGUCCGCCUACCACAACAAGUCUUGAUCGCCCAAUGCCAGAGCUUGAACAAAGCAUGGGACUACUCAACCCAAGACCGCCUCCUCCACGUGCUACCUCUACACCACAUCCACGGCACCGUCAACGCUCUCCUCGCGCCUCUCCUUUCAGGCAGCACACUCGAGUUCAUGUUCCCCUUCAACGUCGACAACGUCUGGAAACGCCUCGCGGCACCCUUCCUCUCGACCCACCAACAAAACGGCCACCCCCCCGACGCGAGCAGAAUACCCAUCACAUUCUUCACCGUCGUCCCCACAAUCUGGGCACGCAUGCUCCAAUCCUGGUCCGACUUCCCUUCAGACCUAAAGGAUGCAGCAGGCGAAGCAAUCCAACGCAAGCACCUCCGUCUCAACAUUUCUGGCUCCGCAGCGCUCCCUACACCCACCAAAAAAGCCUGGACAGACUUAUCACAAGGCAACGUCCUCCUAGAACGCUACGGCAUGACCGAGGUCGGUAUGGCUCUCUCCUGCGGUCUCGAUGAUUCAGACCGUAUAGACGGUGCAGUAGGCUGGCCUCUCCCCUUCGUCGAAGCCCGCCUCGUCGAUCCCGACACCAAAGAGAUUAUCCCCGAAGACGCCACAACGUCAGAAGGUAAAGAACGCCAAGGCGAGAUCCACCUCCGCGGUCCGACAAUCUUCAAAGAAUACUGGCGCAACCACGAAGCGACGAAGAGGGAAUUCACAGAAGACGGAUGGUUCAAAACCGGCGACAUCGCCAUCCGUAAGAACGUCCCCGGAUCCGGCAAAGGCAAAAGCGGCCCCUGGGCUACGGGACCCGCAUACUUCAUCCAAGGCCGCAGCUCCGCAGACAUCAUCAAAACCGGCGGCGAAAAAGUCUCAGCGCUCGAAAUCGAGCGUGAACUUCUCUCCCUACCCCAGAUAACGGAAUGCGCGGUUGUCGGACUGCCUUCCGUAGCGUGGGGCCAGAAAGCCGCCGCUAUCGUUGUAUUGAGUGAAGAGGGUAAGACGGCUGGGAAGGGAGGGAGGCAGUGGAGUGCGUUGGAUAUGAGGAGGGCGCUGCAUGGGAAGCUCGUUUCUUACAAAAUCCCCCAAGACAUGGCGGUCGUCGAAGAGCUUCCACGGAAUGCCAUGGGCAAGAUCAACAAGAAAGACCUGGUAGUCAAAGUGUUCGGAGACCAAGACAGGACAAGGAGAAGAUCCAUCACGGUUGCGGAGGAACGCAAGGCUGCCAAAGCGGGAGCGCAGCAGCAGAGUAAUGGGAUCGGGGAGGCGAAGUGA